CGCUCGGAGCUCAGCAUCAGACUCACAGGAUGGACGCCGCGUACAAGAGGGUGAACGGAGACCACCAGCCCGAGGCAGAGCCGGGAGCGCUGGCCCUGAGGAAGAGGAGGGGCUCGUACCUGGAGGAGGAGACCAAUAAGUCGGGGAUGAUCACCUGCAUCUUUUCCUUGAAGGAGGAGGUCGGCGCUUUGGCCAAGGGUCUUCGGCUCUUCGAGGAGAAGGGCAUCAACCUGACCCACAUCGAGUCCCGUCCUUCACGAAUGAACAAAGAAGAGUUUGAGUUCUACAUCAGCGUGGACUCCUCCUGCUCUCAGGCCAUAGAUGAGGUUAUCGACUGCCUGCGCACACAAAUCAGCGGCCACGUGCACGAGCUGUCACGCAACAAACAGAAGGACAAAGUGCCGUGGUUCCCCAACGACAUCCAGGACCUGGACCGCUUCGCCAACCAGAUCCUCAGUUAUGGGUCUGAGCUGGAUGCUGAUCACCCAGGCUUCACAGAUCAAGUCUACAGAGCUCGCAGGAAGGAGUUUGCCGACAUCGCCUACAACUACAGACACGGCCAAACCAUUCCCCGGGUGGAGUACACGGAGGAGGAGAAGGCAACGUGGGGGACCGUGUUCAAGGAGCUGAAGACUCUGUACCCGACCCACGCCUGCCGCGAGCACAACCGGGUCUUCCCCCUGCUGGAGAGGUACUGCGGCUACAGGCCCGACAACGUCCCGCAGCUGGAGGACGUCUCCCGCUUCCUGCAGUCUUGCACGGGUUUCCGGCUUCGCCCGGUGGCCGGCCUGCUCUCGUCCCGGGACUUCCUGGCUGGACUUGCCUUCCGGGUCUUCCAUUCCACACAGUACAUCCGCCACAGCUCCAAGCCCACGUACACGCCAGAGCCGGAUAUCUGCCACGAGCUCCUGGGACACGUGCCGCUAUUUGCCGACCUGGGCUUCGCCCAGUUCUCCCAGGAAAUUGGUCUUGCAUCUCUCGGGGCCCCUGAUGAGUACAUUGAGAAACUUGCAACCGUCUACUGGUUCACUGUGGAGUUCGGUCUGUGCAAGCAAGGCUCUGAGAUCCGAGCCUACGGAGCUGGACUGCUGUCAUCGUUCGGGGAGCUGCAGUACUGCUUAACAGACAAGCCCAAACUUGAGUCCUUUGACCCCGAGAAGACCAGCCUGCAGAAGUAUCCCAUUACAGCGUACCAGCCCCUUUACUAUAUUGCUGAGAGCUUCGAAGACGCCAAAGAGAAAGUGAGGAAAUUUGCAGCCACCAUCCCGAGGCCAUUCUCGGUGCACUACAACCCGUACACGCAGAGCAUUGAGGUCCUGGACAACAACCAGCAGCUCAGGAACCUGGCAGACUCCAUCAGCUGUGAAAUGGGGAAAUUGUGCGAAGCCAUGAGGAAAAUGGAGUAGCUGCGCAGCUGGAUUUCAUCUCUAAUUCACUGAAAACGUCGUUCAGUCGUUUGAUCUCUGCGGUUCUAGUUAGCGUGUUUGAAAGUUAGUUUAGUAUCAAAACAAACAUGUGAGUCAGAUAGAGGCCGUGUUAGAGUAGUUCAGUUAAUAGAAGCUUUCUCUUGGUAUUAUUUUCUCUAAACUUCACCGUCAACCUUUUGUUUUCUGAAAAUGGUCCUGAAUUAUGUCAGCCAGCUUCUUUCCUGCUUUAAAAUGCAGUAGAUUCAUGACUUUCAAAGAAAUAAAAUAACAAUAAAGUGCAGUAGAUUCAUGACUUUCACCCAGCCAGAUCAGAUUUUUCUUUCCCGUUAGUUUGUUUAAAAUUUAGCUUUCUUUGUAUUAAAACAAAUAUGCAAGCCAGAUAGCAGCAAUAUUAGUUUAGUAGAAACUUUUUCUGUAUUUGAAUGUGUAAGUUGUCACCAGUCACUUAUACACAGCAGUCAUUACUGUAGUGUGUCUAUUCAAACUGAAAUAAGUCAGUAUUAGAGCCUCUUAACUGUGAAGAAUUUGAAAUAAGGAAGGAUGUCAAUCAGCAUCCGAUGACGGAUGAAUUUGAAGUCCAGUGUUUCUGGUGUGAUGCAGCACAAUAAAACCUUUUUUUCUGUAGCUUUAUUUCACAUCCAGGAAUUGCACUGAAACAAAUAAAUAAUCGUCUUGAACUUUCAUUGAUGCAACUUACUUUUCCAUCCUUUCAAAAAAGGCAAACGUGAUAGAAACUAUGGGAUCAGUUAUUACUUUGAUUCACGCCAGAUAUUUUUGUUUUACUGUUAUUGAAACUGGUGCACAUUUGAUAAAACAGUAAAAGUUAUCCUGUAUUAAUAUAACAAUGAAAAUACUGUAUAUUGCUAUAUUUUUCUUUUCAUUAAACCUCGUAUACUCUCUA